AUGAUCAUCGCCCACCACAGAGACUCCUUUCUCACCACUCAAUGUCGCCGACUUCGGACUCCACACGACAGUGCGGUGGAGGAGAAUGAGGAUGUAGAUACAGACGAGGGUAGGCGAUCGUAG